GUCAAAUAACGUCUACGCUUCAUUUACCUAAGGCCAAUUGGCAAAAUAAAUGGCAACUGAAGUGAAGAAUGACUUUUACCGGAUUUAGGUAAUAUGAUAUACCUCAGAUAAAUCAUAGUUAAUAUUUGUUUAGCAGAUUCACUUGAUAUUUGGUUUUUAAUUUGGCAUCGAUGAAAGAGAUAAUGAAAAACAACAGACUGACGAAUACACUGACUCAGUCUCGUGCAUGUUAACAAUCGAAAUUAAAUAUUCACGCGCUUUCAAGAGACAACAUAAUUCUUAGGGCAAUUUACACAAGACUAUAAAACAAAUAUUUCAAUGAUGCCAUCGACGGAAGAGGUUGAAGCGCAAAAUUCAAAAGAAAGCAAUGAAAAGGAAUUUGAUAAUAAUUACGAGCCGGCGAGUACGGACGUUCCAUCUCACUCGCGGGAAUCAACAGCUAACAGAUCUUCGAGGGUUUCCGGGUUGAGUAAUAAAAUAAAGAGAGAGACGAUAAAGUUAUUUGGCUAUCCAGGGAAGGCGAUGAAACGCACCGCAGCAAGUAACGAAUUUAACACAGCUGACAAUGAAAUUCAAAACCUAGAAGACAAGACAGACAACGCAAGAAUUCAUGAGGAUUUCUCAAGCUAUUUCAAAGAACAUGAUAUAUUAAUGGAAUUCAAAUAUCUGUGUAAAAAUCCUCCUGGUGGAGUAUACGUGAUACCAUCAAUAAAGUCACUUCAAGUAUGGCAUGGCAUAAUAUUUCUAAGGGCUGGGCCUUUCCGGGAAGGGGUAUUUCGAUUCGACAUUUUAUUUCAAGACAAUUUUCCAAAUGCUGCUCCACUGAUCCGCUUCACAAGUCAUGUUUUCCACCCACAAAUCCACAAGAACGGGAUAUUGAACAUUGAGCAGGCGUUCCCUCGAUGGAAUAAACAUGAAAAUCAUAUUGGGGAUUUGUUAAAAUAUUUGAAAAGCUCUUUCUAUACAAUGAACACCGGGAGACCCUUGAAUGAAGAAGCUGCGAAUUGCUUGAACGAAAAUUUAGAAGAUUUCAAAAGCAGAGCGAGGUCUUGUGUCAAGCAAUCUCUUGAGGAAUUUGAAAAAGAAAGUCUAGUUACAUCAGACGAUGAUGGAAACUUGCUGAAAGUGAGAAAUUUUUCUGCUCUCGCCAUUGAAGAGUGGAAACAAAAACUUCUAUGCAAGGACCACCUUGAUACGGACGUGCUUUGAGAGUUCCACUUCUCUUCAGAACGCCACGAGUGCUCAAGUUUGCCAAAUAUUUUGGUGCUUUUCGGGGUAACUUUGAAAAACUCCCUGUUGUGUUGGUUGGUAUCCCAAUUCAUCUUCAUUCCUUUGCAAGACGAAACCGUAAUCAAAACCACUGGAUCCUUUAUUAACUGUUGUUUCUAUGAACAACUCGUAAACAUACAUAGAAAACAGAGUUAUUCCCAUGUCAAAAUGACGUGGUAUUCGGGAAAUGUCGCCUGCAUAAGACAACUUAAAUAUCUUUGUGGAUAGCAAGUAUACGAAUAUGAGUGACUUCAUACACAUUCC